AUGAAGAUUUCUGUGGCCACACUAACUUUCUUUUUCUUGUUUUCGCAUGUGGUUGAAACCACAGCUCAGCCAGAAGAGGUCAGCGACGGCGAUGAUGGCAUUGUUCAAUCACCUGGAGGCCAAGACUGUUCCGUAGCUGAAAGCCAGAAAAACUGUUGCCAACUUUUUGUCAGCUUAAGAGAACUAGAAACCAAACUUAGAGACACUCAGAGAAAGAUUGAGGUCCUGGAGUCACACGUUCAAGGCAACAAAGUAGCAUUUGGCGCAUCCAUAAGUGCAGGUGAAAAUAUUGGACCUUUUAAUACCGAAACCAUACUGGUCUACAAAAAGAUCUACAUGAACACAGGAUCGUUCAACCCGGGAACAGGUAUUUUUACAGCUCCUGUCAGAGGAGUCUAUUACUUCAGCUUCUCUGGACAUAAUAUAUCAACUCGAUCAAUGGGCCUGGGACUGAUGAAGAACGGACAGCAGAUGGUCAGUGUCUACAACCAUGCUGCUGGAAAUCGUUAUGAGACAGCAACCAAUGGGAUGACUCUGCAGCUUGAAGUUGGAGAUCAGGUUUACAUGAGACUGAGGCAAAACACCUGGAUUUAUGACAAUUCAAAUGAUCAUAGUACCUUCAUUGGUCAUUUAUUAUUUCCUCUGUAAGGGCUGUGAACGAUUAACAUCUUUUAUUAAAACUAAAAGGGCAAAAGUGAAUUAGAGUUCGUUUUCAGUAAUGUUUAGUAAAAAUACUUCUUGUUAGAGGCAUAUUUUAGAACAAAAUUAGAAUCAAUUUAUAUUGUGUCUUAAAUGUGACAAACUAUUCAAAACACCUGGAUUUCAAUAAUGGAUGUGAUCAUAGCAAC